AUGGCGGACUAUAACCCCGAGUUGGAUGCCAAGCUUCGGGAUCUCGAGCACGAGCUCGACGAAGGCGAUAUUACAGAGAAAGGCUACCAGAAGCGACGAGCUCUGCUCCUCUCCCAGUACGGCCCUCCGCCUGUCCCGCCGCCGCAGUCAGGCCUCCGAAUUCAUUCCGUCGACAACUCUUCGCACCCCGUCAACGAUGGUCACCGGGUAGCUGCUAUGGCUGCCAUGGGGGGUGGUUCUGCACCGCGCCCCGGCAGCAGCUCCUACUCUCACCAGCAGUCCGACGAUCCUGGAUUUUCUCCAAGCUCCUGGGCCCCGACGCCCGAUCACAACCCGACGACAUUGCGCCCCGGCGUGCCGAUCCCAGAAAACCGCCCGCCCGGGCCGACGCAUCGCGACUCAUUGUUUGUUCUGGGCCCUGGAAACACACUGGGCGCAUCCCGAAGCGGAACCAUGGUGUCUGGCGACUAUGCCUUCAACCCCGAUCAGCAGGGCUCCUACCCUCAUUCGCAGGCACCCCCUCCAGACAGCAGAACCCACACAUUGCUUGAUUCUCAGGGCUACUUCUCCGAUUUUGCUGGCGAGCAACAUUACGACCAGCCCCAGCAGGCCGACUAUGGUGGUCCCCAAAAUCGUUAUUCGUCUGGCGAAGCAUUCUCGCCCACGGCUGCCAUGGCCCCGCCUAUGCUUACCGCCAACGAUCUUCCGCCACCCGAGGCGCUCGCAUAUCAGUUGCCGUUGGAGCCUCGCGAGGUUCCUUUCAGCAUAAUGGACCCCCACGAUCCGAACCUGGCUAUGUCGAGGUUCGACAACCUUGCUUCAGUGCUAAGACACCGCGGGCGAACAAUCGCAAAGACGCCGGCAUUCUGGGUUCUCGACAGCAAAGGCAAGGAGACCGCCUCCAUCACAUGGGACAAGUUUGCCUCUCGAGCCGAAAAGGUGGCCCAAGUAAUCCGCGACAAAAGCUCACUGUAUCGCGGUGACCGAGUCGCUCUGGUCUACCGAGACUCCGAAGUAAUCGACUUUGCCAUUGCUCUCAUGGGCUGCUUCAUCGCAGGCGUCGUCUCAGUUCCCAUCAAUGACUUGCAAGACUACCAGCGUCUCAACUACAUUCUCACCUCAACACAGGCUCAUCUCGCACUGACCACGGAUAACAACCUGAAGGCUUUCCAGCGGGAUAUCACGGGGCAAAAGCUUACUUGGCCCCGUGGCGUUGAGUGGUGGAAAACGAACGAAUUUGGAAGCUAUCAUCCCAAGAAAAAGGAAGAGAUGCCUGGACUUAAUGUUCCCGAUCUCGCAUAUAUCGAGUUUUCGCGAGCGCCCACCGGUGAUCUCAGAGGCGUCGUGCUCAGCCACCGCACCAUCAUGCACCAAAUGGCUACUCUCAGUGCUGUCAUUGCCAAUAUGCCUGGAAAUACACCGGGGGACACAUUUAAUACGUCGCUCAGAGAUAAGAACGGACGGCUCAUGGGUAAUCGCUCGCGCAGCGAAUCAAUUCUUUCCUACCUGGAUCCUCGGCAAGGAAUCGGCAUGAUUCUUGGCGUCUUGCUUACAGUGUAUGGCGGCCACACUACAAUCUGGUUUGACAAUAAGGCCGUCGACGUGCCUGGUCUAUACGCGCACUUAAUCACCAAAUACAGGGCAACAGUCAUGGUUGCCGACUAUCCAGGCCUGAAGCGUGCCGCAUACAACUACCAACAGGAUCCUAUGACGACAAGAAACUACAAAAAGGGCACCGAGCCCAAUUUCCAAACCGUCAAACUGUGCUUGAUCGACACCCUGACAGUUGAUAGCGAGUUCCAUGAGGUUCUGGCAGAUAGAUGGCUGCGACCGCUGCGCAACCCCAGAGCGCGCGACGUCGUGUCACCCAUGCUAUGUCUCCCAGAACAUGGUGGCAUGGUGAUCAGCCUGCGAGACUGGCUUGGUGGUGAGGAGCGGAUGGGCGUUCCACUGAAGGUGAAAUCGGCAGAAUCCGAAGAAGACGUGGACUCCGACACUAGCAGCGAAAAAGAAGAAGUCAAGCCUGCUACUUCCAACGGAUUUGGCAGUUUGCUUGGCGGAGGGACCACCACGACCAAAGAUCCACAAGAUUCUCAGACGGAGAUGAAUGAAGUGCUUCUCGACCGCGAAGCACUCAAGACAAACGAAGUGGUUGUGAUUGCUUAUGGAGCAGAAGCUCGGAAGAAAGGCUCCAACGACCCGGGUAUGGUUCGCGUCGGAGCGUUUGGGUUUCCUAUUCCAGAUGCCACCUUGUCUAUCGUUGACCCUGAAACCGGCUUACUUGCAUCUCCACACUCGGUCGGCGAAAUUUGGGUGGACUCGCCUUCAUUGUCUGGCGGCUUUUGGGCUCAGCCCAAGAACACUGAGAUCAUCUUCCAUGCCCGACCUUACAAGUUCGACCCAGGUGAGGCCACGCCUACCGCUGUGGAUCCCGAAUUCCUUCGCACUGGUCUUCUAGGGACUGUCAUCGAAGGUAAAAUCUUCAUCCUCGGCCUGUACGAAGACCGUAUUCGACAAAAGGUUGAAUGGGUAGAGCAUGGAACUGAGCUGGCUGAGUAUCGCUACUUUUUUGUACAGCAUAUGGUUGUCAGUAUUGUUAAGAAUGUCCCCAAAACAUACGACUGCUCUGCUUUUGACGUCUUUGUCAACGACGAGCACUUGCCUGUGGUGGUUCUGGAAACUGCUGCGGCAUCGACGGCGCCCCUUACCUCGGGUGGCCCUCCCCGGCAGCCGGACAUGGCUCUCCUGGACUCGCUUGCCGAACGCUGCAUGGAGGUGCUGAUGCAGGAGCACCAUCUCCGAUUAUACUGCGUCAUGAUCACAGCACCCAACUCAUUGCCUCGAGUAAUGAAGAAUGGCAGACGCGAAAUUGGCAACAUGCUGUGUCGUCGCGAGUUUGAUCUUGGUAACCUCCCCUGCGUACACAUCAAAUUCGGCGUGGAACAUGCUGUUCUCAACCUCCCAAUCGGCGUCGACCCAAUCGGUGGCAUUUGGUCCGAAAUAUCCUCAGUGUCCCGUGAGAAUGUGCUCAGGACUUCUGAGAAGCAGUAUUCUGGCAUUGAUCGACGCGAAGUCGUGAUGGAUGAUAGAACGUCUACGCCGUUGAAUAAUUUUGCCUGCAUCACAGAUCUCAUUCAGUGGCGUGUCGCUCGCCAGCCGGAGGAGCUAGCAUACUGCACCAUCGACGGAAGAGGCCGUGAAGGCAAGGGCAUUACUUGGCGCAAGUUUGACUCUAAAGUUGCUGCUGUGGCCAUGUAUCUGAAAAACAAAGCCAAGGUUCAGCCGGGAGAUCACCUAAUCCUCAUGUACACUCACUCUGAGGAGUUUGUAUUUGCAGUACACGCGUGCAUCAGCCUUGGCGCCAUCAUUAUCCCCAUGGCUCCUCUUGACCAAAACCGCUUGAACGAGGAUGUCCCCGCUUUCCUCCACAUUGUUGCCGAUUACCGAGUCAAGGCUGUUCUAGUCAACAAUGAUGUCGAUCAUCUCAUUAAACUCAAGCCAGUCUCCAGUCACAUUAAGCAGUCGGCGCAGAUCCUCAAGAUUUCGAUCCCAAGUCACUACAACACAUCGAAACCGCCAAAACAGAACAAUGGUCUCCGAGAUCUGGGUCUGACUAUCGAUCCUGCCUGGAUCCGACCUGGUCAUCCUGUCAUUAUUUGGACAUACUGGACCCCGGAUCAGCGCAGGAUUGCUGUCCAGCUUGGUCACGACACAAUAAUGGGCAUGUGCAAGGUCCAGAAAGAGACUUGCCAGAUGACGAGUACCAGACCGGUACUUGGUUGUGUCCGCAGCACGACUGGCCUUGGCUUCCUUCACUCAUGCUUGAUGGGUAUCUAUAUCGGUACACCGACAUAUCUGCUAUCCCCCGUUGAGUUCGCACAGAAUCCAAUGUCGCUGUUUGUCACUUUAGCCAGGUAUAAGAUAAAAGAUACCUACGCCACUGCGCAAAUGCUCGACCACGCCAUGGCCACGAUGCAAGCCAAGGCAUUUACUUUGCACGAACUGAAGAACAUGAUGAUCUCAUCUGACAGUCGUCCUCGUGUUGACAUCUUCCGAAAGGUCCGCCUGCACUUCGCCCAGGCUGGCCUGGACCACACAGCCAUCAAUACGGUAUACUCUCAUGUCCUCAACCCAAUGAUUGCAUCUCGAUCAUAUAUGUGUAUUGAACCGAUUGAGCUUUGCCUAGAUACAAAAGCUCUCCGAAGAGGACUCAUCAUGCCUGUUGAUCCCGAAUCAGAUCCGAAGGCUCUCGUGGUUCAAGACUCUGGAAUGGUGCCAGUCUCGACUCAGAUUGCCAUUGUCAACCCCGAGCUAAGAGCACACUGCUUAGAUGGUGAAUACGGCGAGAUUUGGGUCGACUCGGAGGCGUGCGUCAAAUCGUUCUACGGUUCUAAAGAUAUCUUCGACGCGGAACGAUUUGCUGGUCGCACAAUCGACGGUGACCCUGCUGUACAAUACGUGCGCACUGGCGAUUUGGGCUUUCUGCACAAUGUCAGCAGACCUAUUGGGCCCGGUGGCGCACUAGUUGAUAUGCAGGUGCUUUUUGUCUUGGGUGGAAUAGGUGAGACGUUCGAAAUCAAUGGGCUCAGUCACUUCCCCAUGGAUAUCGAGUCUUCGGUAGAAAAGUGCCAUCGCAAUAUUAUACCCAAUGGCUGUGCUGUUUUCCAAGCUGGAGGUCUUAAUGUUGUCCUCGUCGAAGUCAAUCGGAAGGCUUACUUGGCUUCCAUUGUGCCUGUUAUUGUCAAUGCGAUCCUCAGCGAGCAUCAGAUUAUUGUCGAUAUUGUCGCUUUUGUUAGCAAGGGCGACUUCCCGCGGUCGCGACUCGGUGAGAAGCAGCGUGGCAAGAUUCUUGCUGGGUGGGUAACCCGCAAACUACGGACCAUGGCCCAGUUCGCCAUCCGGGACGUUGAUCUGGCCGCCAUGGGUGAUGGCGCGGUUCCCGAUGAAAGCAGAAAUUCGACCGGAAGCGUGCGCAGCUCCGCAAUAUUGGCAGCUGGGGCAUCGAGCCUCCGCAAUGUCGAGACAGCCCCUCGAAUUCCUGAGCACGAGGAGUAUGAUGGCCGAUACAAUACAAUGUCCACCAUGCCGCCUCCGAGACAUAGCAUAAUUCCGGAUGAUCAGACAACUCCGACAGGCUAUCCUCCCAGAGGGGCAAUGGCCGCACCCGAUGACUUUCAGCAAGCCGAUAGGUCAAAUACUGGUGUUAGUGACUACGGGUUUACGAGCAACGAGGAUGCAACCUUUAUCUCGGAGCUUGAUUCCACACCAGCUGUGCGCCGUGACGAGAGCCAGGGUGCUCCGCAGAUACGACUGCCCGGAGUUGAUGGCCGUGAGAGCAUGGAUUUGUUCAAGGGGCAUACAGACCAAUACGAAGACGAGGAAGCAGGGUGGACGGCCGAUGCAAUCAUGCACAUGAAUCUUGCCAGCGAUAUGGACGCUCGACGAGGCGAGGCGAGGUGA